CGAUUGAGAUUGAGAGCUCGCUCAUAAUAAACAAUUUUUAAUAGAUCCCACCAUAUUCAGAGCACCAGCGCUACAUACAUAUUUGAUCCAGGGAUGAGAACUGGGGCAAAUCCUAACGAGCCGAAUGGAAAUUCUAUUCCACAGAAGAAUAUGGCCUAUUGGAUAUCACGCCAACUGAUGUAUCGAUUUGCUCUGGACCUUCUAACAGCUCACAUUAGAUAACCUAUAAUUGGUCCCACCACAUUUUCAGCGCAUCAAUUUUUCAUGAAUAGUUUAUCCCGGAAUAACGUAAUAUGAUAAUCUGUACCAACGCGUUUAUCCCAAAGUUCAUCGGAACAAUUAUUUGCCUAGAAUAACUUGUGCGUUCGUUCAUUACGAAUUAAUAUCAACCGCAAUGAGUUACACACAUUUGCCGCCUUCUCUCGUCCCCUUUCGUCCAUCAUCGCCGCCAGAGGUCAUCAUAUCGUAACCUGUUUUAUUGGCAGUACACAUGGUGCUGUGACGUCCUAAAGUUCGCUACUCCAAUAAAAAAACUAGUAUCUCGCUUACAUUACGCAUACAUUGUUCAUUUUGUCGUAAUAUGACGCACAUUAAUGUGUAAUUAAAUUUUUGGAGGGUAAUUAAGCAAAGCCACAGCUAAACGAAUCGUUUGGUCGGUUUGUGCGGACCUAAAGCUGCGGCACUGUGUUGUGGCGUGAAACAGCUCAAUCAAUCAGUCCGCCAGGUUGGGUUGUCUCCGGCAGGAGUUCACGGGCCGGGAACGAAAAUAUUCAUGAAGCUAUUUGUAUGCCGAGUUCCACACGUUACAAAUUGUAGAACUUUUUGUUUUCAAAUAAAUCCUCGCGUGGUGUUGCAUGACACCGUGGCUCUAGGGUGUAAAUUAGCUGUAAUUAUCAGAUAAUGUCCCUAUAGGGACGGAGGUUCUAAAUUAGAGAGAGAGAAAAGUUCCUUUAACUAUUUUUGGCAACCCAAAACCCCCGUUCGCAAGAUACAUGUGCCAGUGUCCUUCACACUCACCACUGCUGCUUGCAUGCUCGUGCCGUUGGUUCGAAGAAAAAAAAAACAAGCAUCACUGUACAGUUUGCUCCAAAAGCACACAGAACUUGUUUAUCUGACGCAACAAGAAGCGCGGCCAAGAGCCAUGCAGCGCGUUCUAGCGAGACACUUCGGCAGGAAAGCCCCCAACCCGAUUGGGGGUAGGCCUGCCGGCGCCAUGCACUACUUCGCACAGUACCAACCCCCAAAACCGGCGAUGAAACUGCAAUCGUUUCAAAACAAACGCCCGCUUAUAAGCGGGUGCCUGCUUGGCGCGGGUUCUCAGUACGCGCGUAACACAUCCACGAAUCUGAGGUCCGAAGGCCGUCCCGAGCGAAGAAACGGCCGUCCAAGCGAAGACAUCGCGUGUGUGUGUGUGGAUGGCAAACACGAAAAAGAUCUCUACGCUAUCAAACAGCAACCUCCGUUUUUUUUUUUUGUGUGUACUAGCCACUAGGUCGAGCAACAUCAACUAAAACCCCUACCCAAAAGCCAAGUUGUGCAAAAGUGGUAUAUGCUGGGGGACCGCUUCGCUUAGAAAGUUGCAUAUGGUGUGCGUUCUACCAGUGCCGGAGGUGGUGACCUGUGCAAGCAGCGGGCCGGUUUGUGUAGUGCGUGUGUACUAAAUGAGAUAAGCUGGUGAGGGGCUGUUUUUCCUCUUCACUGUACGCCACUUAAACGUUUUGCCAAGUGCGACGACAUCAGCAAAAGAUGGACCUGUACCAGUAUUACAUCUACGAAAAUGCCGAUCAACGAACUAAGGACUGGUUUCUGGCGGGGUCACCGUUUCCAAUUAUCGGCAUCAUUAUCUGCUACUUGGCGUUGGUGUACUACAUAGUUCCUAGGUAUAUGAAAAAUCGGGAAGCUUACCAGCUGAAGACAUUUAUGGGCUUCUACAACCUAUUCCAAGUGCUGUACUGUGUGUUCCUCAUCGCAAAUCUAGUGAAAGCCGGCUGGAGGCCAUACUUUUUCUACCGAUGCGUCGAAACCGACUACUCCAACGAACCGAAGGCGAUGCUAAUGGUCGAAACCACCUGGUACCUGCUGAUGAUCAAACUGUUCGAGCUGCUCGAAACGGUGCUGUUCGUGCUGCGCAAGAAACAGAACCAGGUGUCCGUGCUGCACGUGUACCAUCAUAUAAGCACGUUUGUGAUAGCGUACAUCUACACCAAAUAUAUUGGAGGAAGCAUGCUUACGUUCUCCAUCGUGGCGAACUGUGUGGUGCACAUCAUCAUGUACUCGUACUACUUCAUGUCCGCGUACGAUGUGCCCCUGUUCAAGUUCCUCGUGGCAAAGUACAAAAAAUACAUCACCAAAAUUCAACUGAUCCAGUUCUGUCUGAUGAUGGUUAACAAUCUGCUCGGUCUUAAUCCGCGCUGUAACGUGUCGAAACCGUUCCUGGCCAUGUACAUACCGAACAUCCUCAUCCUGACCUAUCUGUUCUACGAUUUCUACAAGAAAUCGUACAGCAAAUCGAAAGCCGCCAAAGUGAAGCAAUAGGGACGGAAACACAGCGCAUUUUCCAUGUGACGUACGGUUGAGACGGCGGCGCGAAAUCCUUGGAGUGCAAUAAUAAAUCGAUUUUAGCUACAGUCUCAACCGGGCCUCAACCGGGCCGCCAAUCUGGCAGGUGUUGAACCCGGCCAGCCUUCGGGUUGAAGAAACACGCAAGCUCCAGGGACUGUCGAGAAUCCAAACCAUUCGGGCAAAUAUCGUUUCCAUUGCCUUAGCGAGCUGGAAAAGCUUUAACUAAUGUGAUUGAAUUCGAACAGAGGAGACAGAGGAGUGGAAGCUCCGUUUUUUUGAAUGCCAUCAUUUUUUCUAUAUUUUUUAGUGAAGGUUUUACUAUAACGAAGGGUUUAACGGGGAGGGGGAGUUUGACAAAAACAGGCAGCGGAUAAGAAGGGUUAUUUAUAUGUUUGUUAUUGUAUUAUUAUUUAAAGAAAAAGAAAACAAAACUUUGAAAAAAAAAAACACACACACAAAUAACACAUCAAACACUAUCAAGAACCAUCGUUACAAUCUUGCGGUCGUGAUCGGACGCGGGUCAAUUAUUGCAGCGCGGGACAUAGUCCUGGGCCUUAUCACUGCGAUCACUUAUUUUCGGCUUCCGGGUGCAUAGAUAGAACGCGAAGCGUAUCGAAACUAUCAAAAAACAUUUAAUGCAAACAACAAAAAUGAAAAACAAUCGCUACUUAGGCAAGUUACGCGAGAGCACACUCUCAAUAAAUGGAGAGAUGUUUAUAUAGGUUGCGUUUUUGGAAGAGGUUAAAACCGAAACAAGCUCACACACUCACUUGAAAUUAUGAAACAACGAAUGAAUAAUCAAAAACAAAGAAACAAAUUAAUUAAAGUACAA